ACCCCGCCCGGGAAGCUGCGCGAGGCUGGGCGGCCCCCGCCACAUCCUCCUGCUGCUCCGAGGCCGAGCCAGCGAGCGGGGCCAGGGCCGAGCCGAGCGCUCCGAGGGCGCGGGCGGAGCGGGGCACGGAGCCAUGGCGCAUCAGACGGGCAUCCACGCCACCGAGGAGCUGAAGGAGUUCUUUGCCAAGGCGCGGGCUGGCUCCGUCAGGCUCAUCAAAGUCGUCAUCGAGGACGAGCAGCUCGUGCUGGGGGCGGCGCGGGAGCCGGUCGGCAGCUGGGACCAGGACUAUGACCGGGCUGUGCUGCCGCUGCUGGACGCCCAGCAGCCCUGCUACCUGCUCUACCGCCUGGACUCGAAGAACGCCCAGGGCUUCGAGUGGCUCUUCCUCGCCUGGUCACCUGAUAAUUCCCCCGUGCGGCUGAAGAUGCUGUACGCGGCCACCCGGGCCACGGUGAAGAAGGAGUUUGGGGGCGGCCACGUGAAAGAUGAGCUCUUCGGGACCGUGAAGGACGACCUCUCCUUUGCUGGCUACCAGAAGCACCUGUCGUCCUGCGCGGCGCCCGCCCCGCUGACCUCGGCCGAGAGAGAGCUUCAGCAGAUCCGUAUCAACGAGGUGAAGACCGAGAUCAGCGUGGAGAGCAAGCACCAGACCUUGCAGGGCCUCGCCUUCCCGCUGCAGCCAGCGGCCCAGCGGGCGCUGCAGCAGCUCAAGCAGAAGACCAUCAACUACAUCCAGCUGAAGCUGGACCUGGAGCGGGAGACGAUCGAGCUGGUGCACACCGAGCCCACGGACAUGGCCCAGCUGCCCUCCCGGGUGCCCCGAGAGGCCGCCCGCUACCACUUCUUCCUCUACAAGCACACCCAUGAGGGCGACCUGCUCGAGUCUGUGGUGUUCAUCUACUCGAUGCCGGGGUACAAGUGCAGCAUCCGCGAGCGCAUGCUCUACUCCAGCUGCAAGAGCCGCCUCCUGGACUCCGUGGAGCAGGACUUCCAGCUGGAGAUCGCCAAGAAGAUUGAGAUCGGGGACGGGGCGGAGCUGACGGCCGACUUCCUGUACGAGGAGGUGCACCCCAAGCAGCACGCUUUCAAGCAGGCCUUCGCCAAGCCCAAGGGCCCGGGGGGCAAGCGGGGCCACAAGCGCCUCAUCCGGGGCCCUGGCGAGAACGGGGACGACAGCUAGGAGGCGGGGCCUGAGCCACGCUGGUGUGGGACUGUGGGGCCGCCCCGUCACCCCCCUCCUUCCCGGCUGGGGCGCCGGGGCAGGAGGGCUGGUGGCUGAUCACUCGUGUGGCUUCCGGGGGCCACUGCGCCGGCAUUGGGGACGCUCCCUGUGGCCCUGCCUGCCGCCUCUCUGUGAGCCCAGGGCGUCUGGGGACCCUGCUGGGCUGUCUCAAGGGCCUGGCAUGAACCGGCCCCCAGGGAACUGAGCCCAGGGUCCCAGCACAACCCGGAAGCCUUUGGCCACAGGGGCGGGGUCAGUCUGGGCGGGGCGGGGAUCACUGCAGGAUGAGAUGGUUGAAUGCUGUAUUUUUUA